UUUCAUAUGACUGUGCUCGCUCCCGUCAGCGCCUCGUGAGCGCGCGGGCCACAGAGAGAGUAGAGUAGUGUAGCGCAGACACGGGUAACUCUUCGUACCGACUAGAAGCUGCACCGACCGGUGCCGGACAAAUGAUUUGACCUUCAGCGAACCGGAGGCUUGAUCUCUACCAUUCAGACGUUUUCAACACACCACACCGGACUAGUAUCGGAUCGUUUUACAGCGUCUGCUCGUUUUCUUUCGUAAACACAUUUUUAUUUGUUAGCGAGAGGUGGCCACGUCCUUGAUUUUUCUGGCCUCGCGGCUUGGAAAAACCUAACACAUUCUGAGUGGUUUCACCCAGGAAUGGAUACUGGAGUUGUCACUGAAAAGAAAAGGGUGAGCUCGGAGCGCAGGAAGGAGAAGUCCAGGGAUGCAGCGCGAUCUCGCAGGGGAAAGGAGUCCGAGGUGUUCUACGAGUUAGCACAAAAACUCCCCCUGCCACACAAUGUCACCUCCCACCUGGACAAAGCCUCCAUCAUGAGGCUGACCAUCAGCUAUCUGCGCAUGAGGAAGCUGCUCAGCUCUGAUGAUUCAGAGAAGGAGAAUGAGCUGGAGAGUCAGCUGAACAGUUUUUAUCUGAAGGCCCUGGAGGGUUUCCUCAUGGUCCUGUCUGAAGAUGGAGACAUGGUUUAUCUCUCUGAGAAUGUCGGCAAGAGCAUGGGCCUCACACAGUUUGAUCUGACUGGUCACAGCAUCUUUGAAUUUUCACACCCAUGUGACCAUGAGGAGCUGAGAGAGAUGCUGGUCCACAGGACAGGAUCCAAAAAGACCAAGGAACAAAACACAGAGCGCAGCUUCUUCCUGCGCAUGAAGUGCACACUCACUAGCAGAGGGCGCACUGUCAAUAUCAAGUCUGCUACGUGGAAGGUUCUUCACUGCGCUGGUCAUGUGCGUGUGCAGGAGCGCGGCGAGGGUUUGGGAGACUCUGGCUUUAAAGAGCCUCCUCUGACCUACCUUGUGCUCAUCUGUGAGCCCAUUCCUCAUCCCUCGAACAUCGAGGUGCCUCUGGACAGCAAGACUUUCCUUAGCCGCCACACUCUGGACAUGAAGUUUUCGUACUGUGAUGAAAGGAUCACAGAGCUGAUGGGAUAUGAGCCAGAUGAUCUGCUGAACAGGUCUGUGUACGAAUACUAUCAUGCCCUGGAUUCAGAUCACCUUACCAAGACACAUCACAACUUGUUCGCAAAGGGCCAGGCCACCACUGGCCAGUACCGUAUGCUGGCUAAGAAAGGUGGUUUUGUGUGGGUGGAGACUCAGGCCACCGUUAUCUACAACCCCAAGAAUUCUCAGCCACAGUGCAUUGUGUGCGUCAACUACGUUCUCAGUGGCAUUGUGGAGGGGGACGUUGUCCUGUCCCUGCAGCAGACCAUGACCGAGCCCAAGGCUGAGGAGAAAGAGAACCAGGAGAUGGAAGAUAAGGCCUCCGAGGUGGACAUACUCAAACUCUUCAAGCCAGAAAGCCUUAAGUGUCCCAUGGAGAGCCCUGACCUGUAUGAUAAGCUGAAAGAGGAGCCUGAGGCUCUCACCGUGUUGGCACCUGCUGCAGGAGACACCAUCAUCUCUCUGGACUUCAACAACUCAGAUUCUGACAUGCAGCUGCUGAAGGAGGUGCCCCUCUACAAUGAUGUCAUGCUGCCCUCCAGCAGCGAGAAGCUGCCCAUCAGUCUGUCUCCUCUGACGCCCAGCGACUCCGGCCCAGAUCUGAACAAACUAGAGACCGGAGCGGAGGACUUCCCUUUCAGCUCUGCCUCUGAUCGUGGUCCAGACUCCACAAACACACCUUCCACAUCUGGACUGGGCUCCUCGGGGCCCAACAGCCCCAUGGAUUACUGUUUCCAAGUAGACUCAGACAACAGUUCUGAAUUCAAACUGGACCUGGUUGAGAAACUGUUUGCUAUUGAUACCGAGACAAAGACCCCUUUUAGCUCCCAGGCCAUGGAGGAUCUCGACCUAGAGAUGCUGGCUCCAUUCAUCCCAAUGGAUGACGACUUCCAGCUGCGCAUCCCCUCUCCGCUGGAUCCGCUCCCCUCUGGCCCUCACUCUGUGUCAGCCAUGAGCUCCCUGUUCCAGCCCUUACCAUCCCCUGCGUCUCCAGCCUCUUCCUCCAGCAGCACAGUGAAACCGUCAUCUCGGGCCCCUUCGCCCCUGCACCUGCUGCAGGAGGUGUGCAAUGCCCCUGUCUCACCCUUCAGUGGAAGUCGGGACAUUUCCCCUGCUCGGUCCCCCACCCCACAGAGCAGCAAUCAGCUCAACAACAGAAAGCUGUCUCCAAAGAUGUUAGCUAUCCAGAACGCCCAACGUAAGAGGAAGCUGGAGGAAGUGACAUCACUUUCUGAGGCUGUUGGACUGAGUGCUUUGCUUCAGAGUGUGGACAGUGCUAUAGAGCCUGGAAAGAGGGCAAAGGUUUUAGAGCUUAAAGGAUCGAGUGUGCUUGGAGGAAACAAAACCAUUCUCAUACUGCCCUCUGAUGUGGCCAGUCGUCUGUUGUGCAGUUCUUUAGAGAGCAGCGGUGGGCUGCCUACGCUAACACGUUAUGACUGUGAAGUCAACGCUCCCGUGCAGGACCGCCAACAUCUGCUGCAGGGAGAGGAGCUCCUGCAUGCUCUGGACCAAGUCAACUGAGCUUUGCUGUGUUUAGCAGUUCCGAACACUGCAUCCCUCUCUCUCACCCCUUGACCCCCGCCUGCCCGAUCCUUGAAAUCUGCCUCCACUUGUCUCCUUUUAUUCCAAGCCCUAAUAUUCUCUGUAAAAAUGUACUAGAUAACCUGCACCUUCCAUUGAUCUCGCCAGUGAGCCCAGAGGGAGUCCAUCCAUCCCAGUGCGUAGAGGGCCUGGAGACAGACGAGCGUAAUGCAACUUAACAGUGGCAUCAACCAGACAAGAGUUAAG